CAGUUGAUAGUGUAGAAUCAGUGUUGCAGGAUUUUACUGAUUUGAUUGCAUUUGUUGUUAUUAUAAUAAGAAGAUGCCUAAAACCGGGUCCUCGUCUCGCGGCCAGCUGUCUGCCAAGGAGGCGCACGCGCAGAGCUCUGACGACGGUCCCUUCGUCCCCACGGUCACUGCCAUCGCCACGGCGCCUGAUCUGAAGUGGAUGGUCUUGUCCACUGACAUUUCAUCAGUCGGUCCCUGCAGCGGAGACAAGCAGAAGAAGACACACACACCUCAGAAGAAAGGACAUACACCUCAGAAGAAGACACACACCCAUCAGCUGAAGCGAGAACCCGAGACGGGUCACGGGUUCUCGGUGGGCCGGAGGAAAGCACAGAAAGAGCAGCUGUCUCCAGAGGAGGAGGAGAGGAGGAGACUCCGGAGGGAGAGAAACAAACUCGCAGCCGCAAAGUGCAGAAACCGCCGACGCCAACUGACCGACAGCCUGCAGGCCGAGACAGACAGUCUGGAGGAGGAGAAAGCUGCUCUGGAGGCUGAGAUCAGCGGUCUGAUGAAGGAGAAAGAGCAGCUGGAGCUUCUGCUUGUGUCCCACAAACCACACUGCAAAAUCCCCACUGAGAUGGAGGGAGAGGAGAAAAAGGAAGAAGAGAAAGAGGAAAAAGAGGUUUCUGACGAAACAACUCAGAAAAAGUCUCCAGUUCUCCACGUCACAUCAACCUUGACCUCUUCUGUGACUCUAGAAAAGAUGGCCGCCUCUCCUGUUCCUGUCCACCAGGAGCCCGUGAUCUCAGGAGAUUCGGACGUGCUGCUGUGCUCCAGCGCCGAGUUGGAGCCCUACAUCGACAUCAAGGAUGUGGCCAUGGAGGAGCUUGGAUCCAAAAUAGAGUAUGAUGACGAUGACAUGGACCUGCUGGUGCCCGACAUCGACCUGAGCGCCUCGCUGGGCCUGAGCGAGUGGGAGACGCUCUACAUGAGCAUGGGAGGAAGUCUGGAACCACUGACAUUCGAUUUCAAUCAGGCCGAGGAGUGUGAGGGAGGGAAAAUGAAACCUGCAGCUGAAAACUCCACCCUGCUGACUUUAUGA